UACAGUCGGCUUCAUGACGCUGAUUUUGUUGUCUUAACCCAGUUACUCUUCUGUCCUGUCUACUCUGUUAGAGCUAGUAAAUACAUGUUGCAGUUAUGUAGCACUUAGGAGGGGGACGUGACCCUUUUGUGCCAGCUACCGUUAGCUAAUGUUUCAGUCCGUCUUCUGUUUGAGGGCUGUUUUUGAAACUACCGCGGCUCCGUUUGUUAACUAGCUAGCUAGCCACACGCUAGCAAACAAACUGGUGAGAGCCUACGAUGUGCCGCUGUUUGUUUUUCUCUUUCUAGGCUAGCUAUAUAACUCAGCUGCCGGCGGCUAACCUAGCUACGUUUCGUGCGGUGUGGAGCAGAAAUAACGCCGCUUCCUUUCUCCUUAUGCUGUUGUUGCUUUCAAGUGUCCAGCUAAGAUGUGGCAAAGUGUCGGACUCACACUGCUGGUCAUUCUGGCCACACUUGCUUGUGCGUUCCUCUUCAUGCUGUUUGGUUGGUAUGUAGUCUGGCAGCUCUUCCUGUCCAAGUUCAAGUUCCUGCGCGAGCUUGUUGGCGAUGCUAGCACUCCACAGGCUGAAACUCAACCGUCCGAAAGCAAGAGUGAGCGCGUAACCAAUGCGGCUCCACGAAAUCGGCCCAAGAGUGCACGCCAAAGAGUGGUCGCUCCAGAAAUCACCUCGUAGAUCAUCCAGCAACUUUGUAUUCUGACCCUUCACGUCUACUUCUGACACCUGUCUCACCACGACUGUUUGUGAAUCAUCUAAACAGAUGGAUCCCACUGUGCUCCACACUACACAUGGACCUAAUGGACACUCUGUAGUCAGCCCUCCUCCUUUUCCUCUUCCUCUUCACAGGACACUUUAAUCUGACCAGGUACAGCUCCUGGUAUGAAAGGGAAAAGCCAUUCACAUUACUGUCCAUUCCUUCAUUUCUGUUCAUAUGUGUUUUAAUUAACAAGUUUAGUUAUGUAUAGAGCAGUGAGUGGGGUUCCACUCAUGGCCAAGCUGCUUCCUGCCACCUGUGUAGAGUAUCAGGCUGCUCCUUUACACAAGGACAUGUAACUUCUUUUACAUACAUUGUUCGACAUUGUAUUUUUUAGCAGAAGACAGUUCAAUCACAGUAUGCUCGUCUACAUCAUUUCAACACACACAGAUGCAGGUAAAAAACUGAAGUCAUUUGUAGAACUGACAAGUUUACUUACACGACACGACAAAGUGCAAUGAGAGGCUUGUUUAUGCUGUCAUUUUAUUUUUUUCUUGCACAAGUACGUAUGUUAUGGCGGACUACCAUCCAUGAGGUGGAAACUGUCUUAGUAGUUAAACGCCCAAAGCUUUCGAAGAUAAAUGACAAAUGACACGGCUUCAUUCCACUCAUGUAGAAGUCAACCCUUCUCCUGCAACUUCUCCUCCACCCUUUUGUGUUUUUUUUUUUUUUUUUUUAGAUUUAUACUUGAAGAGUCAGGAGGAAGUUGCGGGGAAGCAAACGCUUUUGUUGUAGUGCUCUGUUGUUUCAGCCGACCUGGAGGUGGCGUCUACAAACUCUCCCGAUCCCUUGUGCCUCAGUCUGUACCAGUGCCUGUCGAAAUGGCAUCCACUGUUUGUUACACGGCCUCUCAUCCUUUUGUACAGUUUCCAUCAGAGGGCAAACCAAGUCAUUAUUUUUGUCACCGACUUUCCCUCCAGGUAAAACUACACGUUAAACUCGCACCUUUUUAACUGCAGUGAUUUUUUUUUUUUUUUUUUUUGCAUUGGAGCAGUAGCUUCAAAUAAAUAAUGCCAUAAAUAUGUCGAUCCCAGUCCUGUUUGCCUCAAGAGUAGAAAAGUUGCUGUUGUCAUUCUGAAGGAAACGUCACUGUACAUGUGACCUAUCUUUUUUUAUAUUAGAUAUAAAGUUGCUGUGUAAUAAAUACUAAAUAAUUAA